AUGAAUCUGGUGCCGCUCGUCAAUGUCAACUUACAUGAUCUUUGUUUUUCUCUCUUGUUUCAGUCAUUUCAAGGCAGUCAAGGACGAGCCUACCUGUUUAACUCAGUGGUGAAUGUCGGCUGCGGGCCAGCGGAGGAGCGGGUUCUCCUCACGGGUUUACACGCUGUGGCUGACAUCUACUGUGAAAACUGUAAAACCACGCUGGGCUGGAAAUACGAACACGCCUUCGAGAGCAGUCAGAAGUACAAGGAGGGAAAGUUCAUCAUCGAGCUGGCUCACAUGAUCAAGGACAACGGCUGGGAGUGACGCUCCGACUCCUCCUUUCCUCCGACCUUGGAAUAAUCUUUAUUGAACUGCGUGGAGCGAUGAUGUCCUCCCAUCACCCCGCCCCUCCCCAACCACCGCCCACCGCGCCCAAAAAGAAGCAAAGACACACCUCCACGAACAGUCACCCGCUCGUCUCCUUCGCGUGCACACGCCCACCUGCUCAUCGUGAAACAGAGCGAACGGCGAGGAGGCGGGGCAACUCUUCUUGAAAAAUCACGUCGCAGGAGUCCGGUCGUUCACGCUGAAGAUUGUGCGUCCUCCUUCGCGGCUCCAGAGCUUUUGGGUUCGAUGCUCACUCACCCACUCACUCACUCACUCACCCCCGACCCUCCUCCCCACCGCGAAACACGCUUACAAGUGAUUGUGGUGAUGUGGCGCCCGCUCUGCCACCGGGGACGGACUUCACUGAAAGGACAUUCCUUUGUUUCCCUCAUCCAGCGAAACGACUCUGACGACGUGUUUGAUUUUUAAUUUGCUUUAGUUUGGUGGGUUUGGUCAAGGUUUUUUUUUUUUUUUUGGUUUGAUGGCGUGUGAAUGUUACUGGUUAGCAUUUUAUUUCCCCGUCACGUUCUGUUUAUUUGUUUCGGGCUCGUCGUGACUCUGCCUGUAGCUGAGCAUGCUUUUCUUUGCUAAUGUCCAAAUGAGCGAUCAGGGACGGGUGCGGAGGGGGAAGGGAGUUUAGCGUAGUAACGAACAUGUAGCAGCGUCUCGCUUGUUUUUAAAGUGGCAGCGGAUCUGAUUGCAGUAGUGUGAGAUUUUAUACCUGAUACUAUUUUCUGUUUAUAUCUUUUUUUUUUCUUAGUUGUGAAUCUUCGUUUACUCCCCCUUCUGGUAGCACCUGAUAUUUUCCUUUUCGACAUAAAGGUGUGUGUGUGUGUGUGUGUGUGUGUGUGUGUGUGUGUGUAUAUAUAAUAUACACACACACAUUAAUUAUAUUCGUGGUGUUUGGCUAAUUGCGAUUGUGGCUGGUCCCAUUUUGCAGCAGAAACAUGAAAAGGAGCAGAACCUGACGUCAGUGUCACUCGUCAUAAAACAGAUUGUAUUAUUCCAUCGUGUAGUAAUAUGAGAGACACAAGUACAUAUGAGUAUAAAAACACAUCCUAUGAUUACAUAUCCAUAAAUACUAUGAAAAUGUUCGUAGUACGUAGAUAUUGGAACAUGGAUUCUAAAUAUAUAUAUAUAUAUUUGCUGUCAUGCACAUAUGUAUAUAUGCAUAUGACUGUGUGUGUGUAUAUAUAUGCACUGUGUGUGGUCACCAUUACACAGCCGCACACUUGAACGACGCUACUUCGUUUGCACUUUGCAGAGGCCGUCGCUUCGUGUCGGUUUGGAGGCAAAGCGUCGUCUGUUUUUCAGUUUUGUGUUUUCUCGCAGAUGAACGACAGGUUGUCGGAGACUGAGAGGAGCUUUGAUGGUUUGUCGGGACUUUAGUGUCGGCAGCAGAUUUCUGAUUUCAUCUAAAUCAAUUCUGCUUUUCACCUCGGGCUGAUUUUCAACCUGAGGAGAAAAGAGUUGUUUCUUUGCUGCUGUCACCCCCCCUCCUCCCCC